CUAUCAGCAUUCAGCCAUUCCAAGGUUUUUGCACUUUCUCUCUAAAUCUCCGAAACCACUAGAACAGCAUUACAGCAAUGGAGAAAAGGGAGGAGGCGAAAGAGGUGGUGGAAGAGGAGGAGCAAGUAGUGAAUCCAUGGGAAGUAUCAGCAAAAGACGGCGGCAAGAUUGACUACGACAAAUUAAUCGAUAAAUUUGGUUGCCAGAGGCUCGACGACUCCUUAAUCCAGCGUGUUCAACGCCUCACGAAUCGGCCGGCUCACGUUUUCCUCCGCCGCGGAGUUUUCUUCGCUCAUCGUGAUUUCAACGAUAUAUUGGACGCUUAUGAAAAAGGGCAAAAGUUCUAUCUAUAUACUGGCAGAGGACCUUCCUCUGAAGCCUUGCAUUUGGGUCACCUUAUCCCAUUCAUGUUCACAAAAUAUUUGCAGGAUGCAUUUAAAGUGCCGCUAGUAAUACAAUUGACAGAUGAUGAGAAAUGUAUGUGGAAGAAUUUGUCCGUGGAAGAAAGCCAAAGACUUGCUCGUGAGAAUGCUAAAGAUAUUAUAGCUUGUGGAUUUGAUGUUUCCAAGACUUUCAUUUUCUCUGAUUUCGAUUAUGUUGGUGGUGCCUUUUACAAGAACAUGGUGAAGGUUGCAAAAUGUGUCACAUACAAUAAUGUGGUUGGCAUUUUUGGUUUCACAGGUGAAGAUCACAUUGGGAAAGUUAGUUUUCCACCAGUUCAGGCUGUUCCAUCCUUCCCAAGUUCAUUUCCUCAUCUGUUUUCUGGCAAUGAUAACAUUCGCUGCUUGAUUCCAUGUGCCAUAGACCAGGAUCCUUAUUUCCGAAUGACUCGAGAUGUCGCUCCCCGGAUAGGUUAUCACAAGCCUGCUUUGAUUGAAUCAUCUUUCUUUCCUGCCCUUCAGGGGGAGAAUGGAAAAAUGUCUGCUAGUGAUCCAAAUUCUGCCAUUUAUGUGACCGAUUCAGCAAAAGAGAUAAAAAAUAAGAUAAACAGAUAUGCAUUCUCUAGUGGGCAAGACUCAAUUGAGUUGCACAGAAAGUACGGAGCGAACUUGGAGGUUGAUAUACCAUUUAAGUAUCUUGGCUUUUUCCUGGACGAUGAUGCUGAGCUGGAACUCAGUAGAGAGGAAUAUGGGUCUGGACGUAUGCUAACAGGUGAAGUGAAAAAGAGGCUCACUGAAGUUCUAACAGAUAUAGUUGAAAGACAUCGACGGGCUAGGGCGUUGGUGACUGAUGAGAUGGUAGAUGCUUUCAUGGCCGUUAGACCUCUUCCUAAUAUGUUCAACUGAAUAGGCAAAUUUUCGUCACGUCGAUAUGUUCUUUCUUGAGGCAACUAGUCAUUGUUUCUCUCGAUUUCCUGAGAGGUGUUUCUUCUUUAAUUGUAAUUUCUUUUUUUCAUGUAUUUUUAUAACUCGUAAAUUUCAGUUAUAUAUUUGCAAAAACAAAGUCAUGAAGAUGGCAUCACUCUUCCAUUCUCUCGUUGAAAUUUACACCAUUUUGAGGACCCUAAUGCAUCUAGUUUGGUUAAGUACUA